UUCUAGUAUAAAUAGCAACAAUGCCUGCUCUUAAAUCCUCAAACCAGUUAUAGAGAAAAACAGUAUAAACCCAAAAAUCAAAGAAGCCAUGAAGAACCAAAUCCAAAUCCUCUUGUUUCUUUCACUUUCAUUUCUCCUAAUUGUCCCUAUUGUUACACAACAAUUUGCGUGUGACCAGAAAGCUUCAACAACUAGCAAAUUUGCCUUUUGCAACAGAACCUUGUCUUACGAGAACAGAGCCAAGGACCUUGUGUCACGCCUUACUCUCCAAGAAAAGGUGCAGCAGCUAGUAGAUGAUAGCACAGGCAUAGCUCGGCUAGGCGUGCCUGCCUAUAAGUGGUGGUCCGAGGCACUUCAUGGUGUGUCCGAUGUUGGCCCGGGCACAAAGUUUAAUGGCACUGUGCCUGGUGCCACUAGUUUCCCAGCAGUGAUUCUAUCUGCUGCUAGUUUUAAUCUGUCAUUGUGGUUAAAGAUGGGGCAGGUUGUGUCAACUGAGGCAAGAGCCAUGUACAAUGUUGGUCUAGCCGGGUUGACAUAUUGGAGCCCGAAUGUUAAUGUGUUCCGCGACCCUAGAUGGGGCCGCGGACAAGAAACACCCGGGGAGGACCCGCUGGUGGUGUCGAAUUAUGGAGUGAAUUAUGUCAGGGGUCUGCAAGAAGUGAGUGAAGGAAAAAAGGCUGGUGGUGAUAGGCUAAAGGUCUCAAGUUGUUGCAAGCAUUACACGGCUUAUGAUGUGGAUAACUGGAAAGGCGUCGAUCGAUUUCACUUUGAUGCACAGGUGACAAAGCAGGACCUGGAGGAUACGUAUCAGCCACCCUUCAAAAGUUGUGUAGAGGAGGGCCAUGUCAGCAGUGUGAUGUGUUCAUACAAUAGGGUCAACGGGAUUCCCACUUGCGCUGACCCGAACCUCCUCGAAGGGGUAAUCAGAGAUCAAUGGGGUCUUGAUGGAUAUAUUGUUUCAGAUUGCGACUCAAUCGAGGUAUAUUAUAAUGCCAUCCAUUACACUGCAACACCUGAGGAUGCUGUAGCCCUUGCCUUGAAAGCAGGUCUGAACCUGAAUUGUGGGAAAUUUUUAGGACAGUACACAGAGAAUGCGGUUAACUCAAAAAAAGUGGAUGUAUCUGUGAUAGAUCAAUCCUUGAUAUACAACUACAUAGUAUUGAUGAGGCUUGGAUUCUUUGAUGGUGACCCUAAAUUGCUCCAGUUUGGAAAACUUGGUCCGUCUGAUGUGUGCAGCAACGAUCACAAGAAUUUGGCACUUGAUGCUGCUAAGCAAGGCAUAGUUUUGCUAGACAACAAGGGAGCUCUUCCUUUGUCCUCCAAAAAAAUCAAUAACUUGGCUAUUGUUGGACCUAAUGCAAAUGCCACUGAUGUUAUGAUAAGCAACUAUCAAGGCAUACCAUGUAGCUAUACUAGCCCUUUACAAGGGCUACAGAAGUAUGUCUCUGCCUUGAAAUAUGAGCCCGGGUGUAACAAUGUGAAAUGUACUGAAGAGAGCCUUAUUGAGGCAGCGGCUCAGGCUGCUGCCACAGCUGAUGCAGCAGUGGUGGUAGUAGGACUGGAUCAGUCCAUUGAAGCAGAGGGGCUAGACAGAGAGACCUUGACAUUACCAGGGUUUCAAGAGAAGCUUGUAAACCAAGUUGUUAAUGCAACAAAAGGAACAGUCAUUUUGGUUAUUAUGUCAGCUGGCCCAAUUGAUGUUUCUUUUGCCAAAAAUGUGACAAAGAUAGGAGGGAUAAUUUGGGUAGGAUAUCCAGGUCAAGCUGGAGGAGAUGCCAUAGCUCAAGUCAUAUUUGGAGACUACAAUCCAGCUGGAAGAACACCUUUUACAUGGUACCCUAAGGAGUAUGCAGACCAAGUGCAAAUGACAGACAUGAACAUGAGGGCCAACACAAGCAGAAACUUCCCUGGAAGAACAUACAGAUUCUACACUGGCAAAACCAUCUAUGAGUUUGGCCAUGGCCUAAGCUAUUCAACAUUCACCAAGUUCAUAAUAUCAGCACCUUCCAUUGUGCGCAUCCACUCAACUCCCAUUUCCAGCCCACAUGUUAGCCUUCUUGUUUCCAACUCCACCACUGAACCGGUUUUGAAUCCUGCUUCCAGAAGCCCCUUCAUUGACAUAUCAAGAGUGCAGUGCCAGAAACUAAAAUUUGACCUAGUUGUUGGUGUGACGAACAACGGACCAAGGGACGGAGGCCACGUGGUGCUAGUGUUCUGGAAACCGGCAAGCUUGGGGACGUUGGUUGGAGCACCAAACCUGCAGCUGGUGGAUUUUCAGAGGGUGGAGGUGAAGAACAGGCAGGCAAAGCUUGUAACCAUGAGGGUGGAUGUGUGCAAGAGACUGAGCCUUGUGGAUAGAGAAGGAAAGAGGAAGUUGGCCACUGGAAAGCACACAAUUCUGGUUGGUUCUCCUAGUGAGUACCAAGUGAAGCACAUUCUCAAUUUUAGGCUGGCUAGUAAAGCAGAAGCGAGGGAGGCUUUUUAACUUUAUAAUUAACAACAUCUAAUUAGCUAUUUACUUGCAGCUAGUAAAUAAGCAAAAUAGCUCUGCAACAGUAAGAAUCAUAUGAUAGAGAUUUACUAUUUCAAGGGUGUAAUGCAAAUUUUAUUGUAAAAAGAUCUAUAAAGUGAGGAUACAAAAAAAAAAAAGUAAAUAAAA